AUUGACAUGAAAACAUUAUCAAAAAUGGCGGACAUGCUGGCGCUGAUGGAGAGGCUGGAAUGUGCCGUCAGCCGGCUGGAGCAGCUGUCUGCAGCUUCACGUGGGCCUCCUGGAGACUGCAGAGAAGUUAAUGGUGUCAAUGGAGGCGUGGCACCGUCUGUGGAAGCCUUUGACAAGCUGGUGAUCAGUAUGGUGGCCGAGUUCUUAAAGAACAGCAGAGUCCUUGCUGGGGACGUCGAGACUCAUGCGGAGAUGGUGCACAGUGCUUUCCAGGCCCAGCGUGCUUUCCUUCUCAUGGCCUCUCAGUACCAACAACCCCAGGAGAAUGAAGUGGCUGUCCUUCUGAAACCCAUCUCGGAGAAGAUUCAAGAAAUACAGACUUUCCGAGAGAAAAACCGGGGAAGCAGCAUGUUCAACCACCUCUCUGCGGUCAGCGAAAGCAUCCCCGCCCUGGGGUGGAUAGCUGUGUCCCCCAAGCCUGGUCCUUAUGUCAAGGAGAUGAAUGACGCUGCCACCUUUUACACUAACCGGGUCCUGAAGGACUACAAACACAGUGAUCUGCGCCAUGUGGAUUGGGUGAAGUCCUAUCUCAACAUCUGGAGCGAGCUUCAGACCUACAUUAAGGAGCACCACACCACGGGCCUCACUUGGAGCAAAACAGGUCCUGUGGCAUCCACAGCAUCCGCGUUUUCCGUCCUCUCCUCUGGGCCUGGUCUCCCACCACCACCUCCACCGCCACCCCCUCCUGGGCCGCCUCCCCUUUUUGAGAAUGAGGGUAAAAAUGAGGAGUCUUCUCCUUCUCGCUCAGCUUUGUUUGCCCAGCUUAACCAGGGAGAAGCCAUCACAAAAGGGCUCCGGCAUGUCACAGACGACCAGAAGACAUAUAAGAACCCCAGCCUGAGGGCUCAAGGACAAGCUCGAUCUCCAACCAAAACCCACACUCCAAGCCCUACAUCUCCAAAAUCCAAUCCUCCUCAGAAACAUGCUCCAGUGUUAGAGCUGGAAGGGAAGAAAUGGAGAGUGGAAUACCAAGAGGACAAGAAUGACCUUGUCAUCUCAGAGACCGAGCUGAAACAAGUGGCUUACAUUUUCAAGUGUGAAAAAUCCACUCUUCAGAUAAAGGGAAAAGUAAAUUCCAUCACUGUUGAUAACUGCAAGAAGUUCGGCCUGGUGUUUGACAAUGUGGUGGGCAUUGUGGAAGUGAUCAACUCCAAGGACAUUCAGAUCCAGGUAAUGGGAAGAGUGCCAACAAUUUCCAUUAACAAGACAGAAGGGUGCCACCUGUACCUCAGUGAAGACGCACUAGACUGUGAGAUCGUGAGCGCCAAGUCAUCUGAGAUGAAUGUCCUGAUCCCUCAGGGCGACGAUUAUAGAGAAUUUCCUGUUCCUGAGCAGUUCAAGACAGUGUGGGAUGGAUCCAAGCUGGUCACCGAACCCGCGGAAAUUAUGGCCUGACACCCGGGAGGUAGCCUUCCCUGAGUCUCCUCUAGAAAACCAACAGAAGCAAGUAGCUAAUAGGAACUAGAUUUCACCACAGCCCCUGCCUCUGUGUCAGCCUCCUGCAGUUCUGUGCUGUGGAAACAGUGUCCUUUCUGGCGUGCUUUUGUGGGCAUUUCGAAAUAUUUAACAUUUGAUCAUGAUUAUUGUGUGAUUUUAGUUCCACAUGAGCACAGAAGAAUUAAAGGAGAAAGAAUUCUGUUCCUAUCGUAUCGUGGACACCGUAACUGACAAGGGAAAUCCCUGCUCAUUUUGUCACUUAGGUUUAAUUGCUAGAAAAAUGAAGCCUUAGAGAAUCGCUGUAUGUUUUUACCUUCUAGACAAUUUUAAUAUGAUAAAAUAGUCUUGUGCCCCGAAAAAUAUGACUCUAUUUUUAAUUUUUACAUGUUCACCUUUAUCGGCGUGGCUAUCCUGUCAGCAUGAAUACAUACUUCAAUACAUGCUUUUAUAAGCACACACACACACACACACACACA